GACGUCGCUGCAGUCGGCUGGAUUAUUCAUCUGAUGGAGCUUCUGUUGUAGAAGAUACACAGAGCAGUAAAUGGUAGAUCCAGGGCCAGCAGGGCAGGAAGGGAGGCGUUCUCUAAAUCCGACUUCAUCCUUUUUUAAACAGACUAUUUUCAGGGUAAAAGUUACUAGAGCAGAAAGUUCACACUUUACUCUUUUUAAUAAGCCUAAUAUUUUGAUAGUUACCGAUUCGGAAUGUUAGAAAACGAUUGGUGAAAAUUGGAUAGCUACUGUGAAGGGAAUUAGCAAGCUAGCAGGGGGAAUCUGGCUGGGAGAGACAGAAGAAUAGACGGAUAACAAAGAGCGGAUUUUCGUUUCUUUUAUCAAACACUCCGAACAUAUAUCAUUUAAAUUAUUCCCGUUAAAGCUAGCUUCAUCGCUAGCUUUGUAAUUAGCCAUUUACCAUGGAAUUGAGAGUAGGAAACCGAUACAGACUGGGAAGGAAAAUCGGCUCUGGAUCCUUUGGUGACAUUUAUUUGGGCACAGACAUCUCCGUGGGGGAAGAAGUAGCCAUCAAGCUAGAAUGUGUGAAAACGAAGCACCCACAGCUGCACAUCGAGAGCAAGAUCUACAAAAUGAUGCAAGGAGGCGUCGGUAUCCCAACAAUCAAAUGGUGUGGAGCAGAAGGAGAUUACAAUGUGAUGGUGAUGGAGCUGCUGGGACCCAGUUUAGAGGAUCUCUUCAAUUUCUGUUCUCGCAAGUUCAGCCUAAAGACUGUUCUUCUGCUGGCUGACCAGAUGAUCAGCCGAAUCGAAUACAUCCACUCCAAGAACUUCAUUCACAGAGACGUCAAGCCUGACAACUUCCUUAUGGGCCUGGGGAAGAAGGGCAACCUUGUUUACAUCAUUGACUUUGGCCUGGCCAAGAAGUACAGAGAUGCUCGCACCCACCAGCACAUCCCUUACCGCGAGAACAAAAACUUGACUGGCACUGCUCGCUACGCUUCCAUCAACACCCACUUGGGAAUAGAGCAAUCCAGACGAGAUGACUUGGAGUCUCUUGGCUAUGUGCUCAUGUACUUCAACCUGGGCUCUCUGCCAUGGCAGGGUCUGAAGGCUGCCACAAAGAGACAGAAGUAUGAGCGAAUCAGUGAAAAGAAAAUGUCCACUCCUAUUGAAGUCCUGUGCAAAGGAUACCCAUCUGAGUUUGCCACAUACCUCAACUUUUGCCGUUCCCUUCGCUUUGACGACAAGCCCGACUACUCUUACCUGAGACAGCUCUUCAGGAACCUUUUCCACCGGCAAGGCUUUUCAUACGACUACGUGUUUGACUGGAAUAUGCUCAAAUUUGGUGCAAACAGAGCGGCAGAAGAUCCGGAGAGGGAGCGAAGGGAUCGAGAGGAAAGAUUGCGGCAUGGGCGGAAUCCGGCUGCCCGUGGCAUGAUGCCUUCCAGCUCAGGUAGACCCAGAGGAACGCAAGAAGUAGCACCUCCCACACCCCUCACGCCAACCUCACACACAGGAAUGGAGCGAGAGAGGAAGGUCAGUAUGAGACUGCACCGCGGAGCCCCUGUCAACAUUUCCUCCUCUGAUCUAACUGGCCGACAGGACACCUCACGCAUGUCCACAUCACAGAAUAGCAUUCCCUAUGAUCACCACGGCAAGUAGAUGCUCGCCAUGUUCUGGUAUGAGAGACAGCAUUGGGCUCUUUCUCGCGUCACCCCAAGUGGCCUGCAGUCUGCCGUACCUCGAUGAGACCCUCCACAUGCCUCGAGAGCAGACCAACCACGGCCCUGAUCUGCACUAGGACUUCUCCAGCAGCCUCUAACCAUGUGAAAUCAACCUCAGCAAAUCAAAUCGAAACAGACUUCAUUUCCUCCUUCCUCUCAAUGCAAUUAAAUACACUUGAGAGUCACGCAAAACUUGAGAGAUGGACAGUUUUUAAUUUUCUUUUCUUCUUUUGGCACAUACACCACACACACAAACAUUUCCUCACAUACACACCUACACUACUCCAAAAAGACACCUGGGCACGUUAGUUGUGCUUGUUAACAUCACUUUCUGCCAGACAAUCGCUGGCGAGACGGGAGGGACGGGGCGGGGGGGGCGUGAUUCUCGGCCAUCGCUGCCUUUGACCCUCUGACACACACCAGGAGGAAAGGGGCCGUCCUCCUGCCGUCCAGAGGAAUCUUUGCAAAGCAGAGCGUCUUGGCUAAAGCCAUGUACCAUGGCUCUGAUAGUGUGGCUCACCCUCUCCUGUUGCAAAAAAUUACUUUUACACAGCUUGGAAUGCAGCUGUACUGAUAGCCAUUGACAUUUUGCUUACCGUAAUCUUUUAUUUUUGUCUUUUCGUUUAUGUACAACAGAGAUUAAAUUGAUUUCACACUGGCUACAGUCUUUUGCAGAUGAAUCUUAUCUUUUUGUUAGUUUAACAGCGUUAAGCUUAAUGAAACAUGCAGAAUUAUUAAAUAGAAUUGUUUGAAAGCCUGUUCGUAAAUGUGGCAGGAUGAAGACUGUGUCCUUUUUAUGUCUUUUUGUAGUUUAUUAUGCGGAAGGCCAGGUGGAGAAACAUACAGCAAUGGUUUGAGUAGUCAUAGCCACACAGUACCACCUUCACACCGUUACAGCUUUUUAGAUUUUUUUUUUUAUUUUUUUUAUUUACACCAAGCAACCUGGCCCUCUUUAUCAAGUCUAGUAGUUUUUGCCCAUUUUUUUUUAUUGCAUUCCCUAAAGCUUUUCUUUUGUUUUUCGAAAGCUGUGAAAUGCCUGUAUUGUAUAGUUGUUGAUGUUAUUAAUGUUGCUGUUUGUUUCUCUUUUUUACCCCCUGAACUAAGCUUUUACAGUAACGCAGGCACACGUGGUUGGGUCAAGACUGUUGGACAGUGUCACUAAAAAAAACAAUUAUAGCAGUUCAGGAAGUCUAAUAAUGAGAAAAGGGCUUCGUUUUUCUGACCAGAGGGUGUAAACUUUGAAAAACUCCUAUUUAUCUGAGAGGUUUGGGCAUAUGUUGAGACAAACUGGCACUUUUUCUUUUACCAUUUGUGUUUGGAUUUGGAAGGCCAGUUUGUCUCAUCGAGAGAACACCAGCCAUCAUUUAAGCCAUGCCUGAUUUCUUUUUGAUUUUCUUUUGACUGACACUUUUAACAAUUGAGAUGCAAGUUUUUGUUUUUCUUCAACUUUGUUUUCUGAGUAUUAACAAUGCUUUUAGUACUACUUUUCCUUUGUUUCAGAAGUGUGGUUCCUUGACUUACUGGUGCUAUAAGUCACAGAGGACAUGUGGAAGGGCGAGCUGCCUGUCCAUAUCAUUCAGCAUAGUAGAGCGUAGGCUUUUUCUGUAGUCAUGGGGUGGGGGGGCUAGUGGUGAAACUCAGAAAAUUCUGUUGUCAUGUAUAUAGGAUGUUUCUAGUGAUGGCAAAGUACCAUUUUUUUUCAUAGCCACUGUCUGUGUGUGUGUAUCGUGAGUAUGGGGAAAAGGCUAGUGCUUAGAGAGGUGAGAGGGACUUUGUUCAUUCUAGAUUUGAUAAGUUAGUAAUUUUCUCUCCACUGGUGGUCUCACAGAAACAGCCGCUCCAGUACUGGUGGUGUUUAAACGUAGGCACAAGUACACUUUGUCGGGGAUCGAGCUAUUAUGGAUUUCUCUAUUUCAUUUUUCUGGUUCAUUCUACACAUGACUGCUUGGCCAGUCCUUCUGCAUCACACUGUGCUGUAUCAGGUGGAAUUAUAGAAAUCUUCCUUCACUGGAAGAUUUUUUUUCCUCAUUUGUAUUGCCACUGUAUUUGUGUAUUUUAAAAUGUGUAAAUAAAUUAAUAAGUACUUGUAA